AAGGGGACAAAACUCUGCACAUGCUCAGUUUAUCAGGGGAGAAAAAAUGGUCUUUUAAAUGGGGUUGUAGAGCUCUGUUGACUGUGAUUUUGUCAAAUCACAUAACGUACAGUUCAGCCUGUUUUAUUUUGGCAGUGGAUGUCUGCAUAUUCCAUUGUAACAGCUGAUUCUUCUUGAUUUCUAAACAUGCCGAGUAACAAGCUGGAAAAACCCGAAAGGGAGGUCAGUGACAACGUUAAAGUGGUGGUGCGAUGUCGGCCUCUCAAUCAGAAGGAAAAAAUGAUGGGUCACAAGCUGUCGGUGUCAGUGGAUGAGAUACGAGGGACAAUAACAGUCAAUAAAUUAGAAACUCCCAACGAACCUCCAAAAACAUUCACAUUUGACACAGUGUUUGGACCCGAGAGCAAACAGCUGGAUGUUUAUAAUCUAACUGCCCGACCUAUUAUUGACUCUGUUUUGGAAGGAUAUAAUGGAACAAUAUUUGCCUAUGGCCAGACAGGGACGGGUAAGACAUUCACCAUGGAAGGUGUCCGAGCAGUACCGGAGCUGCGAGGAAUCAUUCCAAAUUCAUUUGCUCAUGUAUUUGGCCACAUUGCCAAAGCAGAGGGUGACACCAGGUUCUUGGUGCGGGUGUCUUACUUGGAGAUUUACAAUGAAGAAGUGAGGGACUUGCUCGGCAAGGACCAGAUGCAGAGGCUAGAGGUUAAAGAAAGACCGGAUGUGGGAGUCUACAUAAAGGACCUGUCUGGAUAUGUGGUGAACAACGCUGAUGACAUGGACAGGAUUAUGACACUUGGACACAAGAAUCGUUCGGUCGGAGCGACUAACAUGAACGAACACAGCUCACGAUCUCACGCCAUCUUCACCAUCACAAUUGAGUGCAGUGAGAAGGGAAUCGAUGGGAACCAGCAUGUUCGGAUGGGCAAACUACACCUGGUAGACCUAGCGGGUUCCGAGAGGCAGGGAAAAACGGGAGCAACAGGACAGCGUCUGAAAGAGGCCACGAAAAUAAACCUCUCUCUCUCCACCCUGGGGAAUGUCAUUUCUGCUCUGGUGGAUGGCAGAAGCACCCAUGUGCCCUAUAGAAACUCCAAACUCACCCGCCUCCUGCAGGACUCACUGGGAGGAAAUUCUAAAACGAUGAUGUGUGCAAACAUUGGGCCUGCUGACUACAAUUAUGACGAGACCAUCAGCACCCUGCGCUACGCCAAUCGAGCCAAGAACAUCAAGAACAAAGCUAGGAUCAAUGAGGACCCGAAGGAUGCCCUCCUCCGGCAGUUUCAGAAGGAGAUUGAGGAGCUCAAGAAGAAACUGGAGGAAGGGGAGGAGAUCUCUGGUUCGGAUGGGAGCGGAUCGGAGGACAUGGAGGACGGCGACGUGGACGGAGGCGAGGGAGGGGAUAAGCGCCGGAGACGCAGAGGAAAGAAGAAGGUCUCACCUGAUAAGAUGGUUGAGAUGCAGGCAAAGAUUGAGGAGGAGAGAAAAGCUUUGGAGGCCAAACUAGACAUGGAGGAAGAAGAGAGGAACAAGGCACGUGCUGAACUGGAGAAAAGAGAGAAGGACCUGCUCAAAGCACAACAGGAGCAUCACCUGUUGCUGGAGAAGCUGUCGGCCCUGGAGAAGAAGGUGAUUGUGGGGGGAGUGGACCUGCUGGCCAAGGCUGAGGAACAGGAGAAACUGCUGGAGGAGUCCAACAAUGAGCUGGAGGAGCGGAGAAAGCGUGCGGAGCAGCUGCGGAGGGAGCUGGAGGAGAAGGAGCAAGAGCGUCUCGACAUCGAGGAGAAGUACACUAGUUUACAAGAGGAAGCCCAAGGAAAGACCAAGAAGCUGAAGAAAGUUUGGACCAUGCUAAUGGCAGCCAAAUCAGAGAUGGCAGACCUGCAGCAGGAACAUCAUCGUGAAAUUGAGGGGCUGCUGGAGAACAUUCGGCAGCUGAGCCGCGAGCUGCGCCUGCAGAUGCUCAUCAUUGACAACUUCAUCCCCCAUGAGUACCAGGACAUGAUUGAGAACUAUGUGCACUGGAAUGAAGACAUAGGGGAAUGGCAACUGAAAUGUGUGGCGUAUACUGGCAACAACAUGAGGAAACAGACCCCAGUGCCUGACAAGAAAGAAAAAGAUCCAUUUGAGGUGGACCUUUCCCAUGUGUACUUGGCAUAUACAGAGGAGAGCAUGAGGCAGUCACUCAUGAAGCUGGAGAGGCCUAGGACCUCCAAGAGUGGUAAAUCCAGGCCAAAAACAGGCAGAAGGAAAAGGUCUUCAAAACCUGAGGCUGUGAUCGAGUCCCUUCUGCAAUAACACUUUCAUGGAGAAAGAUCACUACUGCAACCUCAACAUGUUACUGAAAAAACCAAGUCUAUGAAAGGACUCCUAUCAAAAAUGAAAAAGAAAAAAUUGUUUCAUGGCAUGCAGAAAGGAAUUACAUGUAUGACUUGGCAUUCUGAACUCAGCAAGACACCGGGGUUUCAUCCUAUAGCCAACAAUACGAGCCAGCCAGACUACUAGUGUUUUCCAUCCGUAGUGCUUUGAUCACUGAAUGACACCAAGAAUCAAGCAGGGGAAAAUUCUUGAAUGUAGUGAUUGUGCAGUUUGUGCAUUGUGAUAACGUAUUUGUUCCCAACUAGAAUGAAGAUUGAGGAAUGAAGGAAUUCCUGAGGAUCCAGUUUGGUUUACUGUAGUUUCCAUGCUUUGGGCUGGAUCAUUGAUUGUUACGGGUGCCAGGAUUGAGGCUUACUGGGCACAGAUUGCAUUUUUCAAAUAUGCAUGUAUGUAUGUAUACUUUGCGUGGAAUGAUGAAACGAUUUCUCAUUUUUGAUUGGAAAUUACCUUUAAAACCUGCUAAAUUCCCACAGUAUAUAAUACUAUUCAUAUGCCAGUGUCCCUGUUAAAGGGUUUCCCUGUUUACUGUGUAAAAUAAAACAAAUGGAAACACAGGACAAAAGCUGAAGUCUUAACACUGUUUCAGGGUAUAAUUUAAAUAGACCCACACUUUAGCCGGGGUGACUCAGCUUCUUUAUGUAAAAAUGUCACGUGUGUGUGUGUGUAUAAAUAACAUGAGCAACACAGUCUAUUACUCUGCAUAAUACUACUCUUCCACUCUAAAUAGUUCAUAAUUUUGAGAGCACCAUGACUUUCUUCAAUGAAUUGAAGCUGGGUUUACUCUUCAUUUCUUAUGUACCAUGUCUGUUGCUGAAAUUUAUGAAAAAUCCUGUAUAAAAUGCAAGAAUUACAUGUUUUUGCUCAGUACAUUUAGAUUGAAUAGAGCUCUAAAGAAGCACUUUAAUGGCCAGCCUACAUUGUCUUCUGCAGAUGCUCAAACCACUCUGAUGGACUGGAAAUGAUCUCAGUCUUAGUAAACAGAAGACCAAGGGUAGGGCUUUGUCCUUGUAGUAGUUUGGUCUUAUACUCUAGAAGGCUUGGAGUAUAAAACUCUUCAGCACUGUAAAAGUCAUACACAUUCAGCCAAUGGCAGUGUGAUAGUUUAAAAGUUGGAUUUGAAAUGGAAGCAAAUAGUGCUUAAUACUUAAUUUAAUGGUAUUGUAAUUUGCAUGCUAUACAGUUACUUAUGUGAGGCCAUUUGUCCCAGAUGAAACACUAAUGUACUUUUUUGUGUUUAAAUGUCGUCUCUUUGAUGUUCUGUAGUCUUAACAUUUUGACCAACUAUAAUAUAAAAAGGUAAAUCUUCCUACAUUGUAUGUCAAAUGUUUACAUGUACUGGUCCCCCACCCAAUUAAUGUAGGUAAUAAAUUAUUACACACC